AUGAAUAGACGUCGUUCUCAUCGAAUUGGUCGGGUACUUUACAUGGCUAAAGAUGAAGACAAGUGUUUACGUUACUUGAGACCUCUUGGUGUAGGUACUCAUCCCUGCCUGCGGUCCCAACAGUCUCAUGGUGUUCCGCCAUUUCUUUCGCUCAGCACAUCUACGGAUCUUCUUCCCUUCUCUCCUUUGGCAACCAUACCAGACACGGCUGUUUGGACAGUCGGUGCUCUGCAUGAUGACGAUGUGGAGGGGCUGAUGCCCCCACGGGAGGUGUGCCUCACCCUUCUUUCGCCCGGGGCGACCAACGCCUUAUGCGAUGUCUUUUGUCUGGCUCUCUACUUCGCCCUCAAUGUGUACCGAAGGGCAUCUGUGUGGUCAAAGUGGCAACUUCAGCAAAUAUCUUCGGCUUCAAUUAGUUGCGAUGACAGAAGUCGUGCGGUGGAGUUUUUUCAAUUACUGUCUCAGCACAGUCUUACGCCCCCACUGGAUCUCUUUUUGUCAAUGACUGAAUACACCUUGACUCACUCGGUUCGGCUGUCAAAAGAUGGCAGACAGUUGCAAAAGGACGGUCCCUCUCUCUCGGUGAUGCCUUUAGUUGAUGCAACACUUUCUAAAGCCACCACGGGGGCGAAUCUCGUCUUGCAACGGUGUGAUGCGGAGGGCAUUCAAACUCUGCGAAAGGCAGCUCCUUUGUUGUACACGAGGCAUUUUCAGCGGCGGCGUUCCGAGGAUCCGGGUGUUUGGGUGUUAAAAACAAAUAAGCACGUUAAAAAGGGAGAACAGUUAACAUUGCAGCAGCCGUUCUAA